CAAUCCUCGCGGGCUACUUGAACUGAGAGAAAGCGACCUCUCCAUGUCUCUGGGUAAAUGGACCGAGGCUAGCGCUCCCGGCUGCAGGUUGGUUAUAACUUCGAAACUCACGAAUAUGGCGACUUAAAAACACGUUCACCGUUUUACAGAUAUUUUACCACCGACUGAUGUUUUUGUGUUUUCGUCUGCUUUGUUUUAACUCUGCGUCUCCAAGUGUCGUUACCAUCUCGACAGCUUAGUUUUGAUUGAACACAUCUUGAACCUUCCUCAUCAAGGUAGCAGCUAAUGCUAACCUCGAGUUAACAGCACAUAAGUGAUCGCUUUGGAACAAAACUCGGCUUGAUCUUUUUUUUUUCCGCGUACAAGAGCACACAGCCGCUGUUGUAGCUCGGUAAGCAAACGCAGGCGGGUUGAACUGUUUGAGGGGGAAACAUGUCGGGAGCUAACAGAGGACAGGGGAGCGCGGCUAGUGAGUAUCACAACCAAGAGAAUGUGCUGUUGAGACUGAGAGGCUCGCUAAAACCAAGAACUUCUGCAAAUGAGAACCAAGAAAACCUUCCGCCGAAACAAGCAGCCGGCAGCAGAACCGUCCUGGGACCUCUGCAGACCAACCAGCGGAGCAAGAGCCUGAACCAGCGCGGCACCAAACAGGAGUCAUCACAGCAGUUGUCCUGCAAAAAUGAAGACUUCAGUAAAAGCUGCUAUGAGAAGCCCGCCAUCAAACAGCCUGCUUUCCAGAUCCAUGUGGAUGAGCCCGAUGGUGCCUGCACCAAGAAGCCACUACAGAUCGAAGCUGUCAAAGCAAAGUCGAUCGAAGCAGAGUCUCCCCUCGCAAUCAGCAAUGCCGUGGCACGGCUCCGACAGCCGCUGGCCACCAUAGAUAUUCCAUCAGCAAUGGAUGUCAGCUUUGACUCUCCCAUGGAUAUGUCCUUGGUUGAGGGGGAGGAGAAACCAGUUAAUGUAAAUGAGGUCCCAGAAUAUGCUGAAGAAAUCUACAAGUACUUGAGGGAGAUGGAGGUAAAAACCAGGCCGAAGGCAGGCUACAUGAAGAAGCAGCCUGACAUCACCAACAGCAUGAGGGCCAUUCUGGUUGACUGGCUGGUCGAGGUUGGAGAAGAGUACAAGCUACAGAACGAGACGCUUUAUCUGGCUGUAAACUACAUCGACCGCUUCCUCUCCUCAAUGUCAGUCCUGAGGGGGAAGCUUCAGCUGGUUGGGACUGCUGCAAUGCUGCUGGCUUCGAAAUUUGAAGAGAUCUACCCCCCUGAGGUGGCAGAGUUCGUUUACAUCACAGACGACACCUACACCAAGAAGCAGGUGUUAAGAAUGGAGCAUCUGGUGCUUAAAGUGCUCUCCUUUGAUCUGGCAGCACCAACCAUCAACCAGUUUCUCACACACUACUUCCUCCAGCAUUCUGUCAACAAACAGGUGGAAAGCCUGGCAAUGUACCUUGGGGAGCUCAGCCUGGUGGACUCUGAUCCCUUCUUAAAGUACCUGCCAUCACUGACUGCUGCUGCAGCUUAUGUUGUGGCCAACAACAUAGUGACUGGUGGCUCAUUGCCCAAGUCCUUGACAGAGAUGACUGGCUACUCCCUAGAAGAGCUGAUGCCGUGUGUCGAGGAUCUGCACAAACUUCACCUCAGUGCUGCUCAGCAUGCCCAGCAGUCUGUUCGGGAGAAGUACAAGGGCCCCAAGUAUCAUGAAGUUUCCCUCAUCGAGGCUCCAACUAAACUGACACUGAACUGACGUCUUCCCUCCCCUUAUACAUGUAGAGUUGUACCAGUCUUUUUUUUUUGUGUUUUUUUUUUUUGAUGUGGACCAGUUUCAGACAUCGCCUGCUCUUCUUAGAGUAGAGCUACAUGUUUUUUUGUUUGUUUUUUUUAAGGGUAUUUUUAAAUAAGCACAACAGACAAUACAGUUGGUUAAUCAAGCAGUUUUAAUUGACUUUUAAUCAGACAAAAUGGCAGUCUUAUCACACUCUGUAAACAUUCUGCUUUGGUCAACAGUGUCUUCAGCUCCUGUAGACCUCUGAAUGUAUUCAAACCCUGAGAACUUUUUCCCACUAUGGGUUCGUUGUUCUGAGCAGUUGUUGCUGGUUCACCUUGAGGCGAGACCUUUAACAAGACCUCAUGGGAUGUUUGAUUAAAGUGUUUUUGUCUGUCAUGGAGUCAGCUGUUUCAUUACAUUUGUGUAACCUAACAUGUUGUCAAGGCUUCUUCUGCACUGUAAAAUAUGGCUCUUGUAAAUAAAAUUUUCACUUAAAGUAA